CUCUCCCGGACUUGCAGGAGCAGUUCAGCCCUCCAGAGAUUGCCCCGCCGCUGCUGGCAAAGCUGGUGGAAGCUAUUGAGAAGAAAGGGUUAGACAGCGAGAUGUUGUACAGGACAUCUGGCUCCGAACUGAGGCAAGCGCUGAGAACCGAUUGGACCCUGGGCGACCUGGAGCCCUUCGACGUGCACUCCCUGGGCGAGGCGCUGCGAGGCUACCUGCAGGACCUGCCCUCCCCCGUGGUGCCGGUGUCCGUGCACGGAGACGUCCUUCGUGUCCUGCAGGAGCCCCCCAGACCGGAGAAUUGCCGGAAGCAGCUGCUGCUGGCCCUGGAGUCGCCUGCGGUCCCGCUCCAGAACACGCUCACCCUGCAGUUCCUGCUCCGGCAUCUGGGGAAGGUAUCACAGCAAGCCGAGAGCAACAGCCUCCACCCUCGGGCCCUGGGAGAGAUCUUCGGCCCCCUUCUCCUCCGGCUGCCUGGCGCCAGCCCGGAGCUGAGUCCUGACUUCUCCGUGCUGUUUCUGGAGAUGCUUCUGCAGACAAAGGAGUUGGAGCCAGAACAGUUGCCUCCAGCCUUGCCUCCGAAACCGCCUAAGCCAAAGCCCAGUGCAGCCAGCCUGGCCAACGGGAACAGCGUGCCCUUGCAGGACGCCGAGUGGUACUGGGGUGACAUUUCCCGGGAGGAGGUGAACGAGAAGCUACGGGACACGCCAGAUGGUACCUUCUUGGUCCGCGAUGCCUCCAGCAAGAUCCAAGGGGAGUACACGCUCACGCUCAGGAAGGGAGGCAAUAAUAAACUGAUCAAGAUCUUUCACCGGGAGGGAAAGUACGGCUUCUCAGAGCCGCUGACUUUCGGCUCAGUGGUGGAGCUCAUCACCCAUUACCGGCACGAGUCACUUGCCCAGUACAACGCCAAGCUGGACACCAGGCUGCUCUACCCCAUCUCCAAGUACCAGCAGGACCAAGUGGUGAAAGAGGACAGUGUGGAAGCCGUUGGGGAGCAGCUGAAGGUCUAUCACCAGCAGUACCAGGACAAGAGCUGGGAGUACGACCUGCUGUACGAGGAGUACACGCGCACAUCCCAGGAGCUGCAGAUGAAGAGGACGGCAAUCGAGGCCUUCAACGAGACAAUCAAGAUCUUUGAGGAGCAGUGUCAGACGCAGGAGAAAUGCAGCAAGGAGUACAUCGAGCGCUUCCGACGGGAGGGCAAUGAGAAGGAGGUGCAAAGGAUCCUCAUGAACUCGGAGAAGCUCAAGUCUCGCAUCACGGAGAUCCACGACAGCAAGAUGAAGCUGGAGCAAGACCUGAAGAAACAAGCCUCGGAGAACCGGGAGAUCGACAAGCGCAUGAACAGCCUCAAGCCAGACCUCAUGCAGCUGCGCAAACUGCGAGACCAGUAUUUGGUGUGGCUGACCCAGAAGGGUGCCCGGCAGAAGAAAAUCAACGAGUGGUUGGGCAUCAAGAACGAGACGGAGGACCAGUACUCCAUGAUGGACGACGAGGAGGAGCUGCCCCACCACGAGGAGCGGACGUGGUAUGUGGGGAAGAUCAACCGCCUGCAGGCAGAAGAGAUGCUGUGUGGCAAGCGAGACGGCACCUUCCUGAUCCGCGAGAGCAGCCAGAAGGGAUGCUACGCCUGCUCCGUGGUGGUGGACGGUGACACCAAGCACUGCGUGAUCUACAAAACGGCGACCGGCUACGGGUUCGCUGAACCCUACAACCUCUACGCCUCCCUCAAGGACCUGGUCUUGCACUACAAGCACACGUCCCUGGUGCAGCACAACGACUCCCUGAAUGUCACGCUGGCUCACCCGGUCCUUUCCCAGCCGCCGGCCAGAUGAGCAGCCCUUGCACAACACAACAGCUGCCUUCAGCUUCUCCCCAGGGCGCUGCUUUCUGGCUCUGGACUCUUGCACCCUGUAUAGUUGAGUCUCUGUGCUCCUCCCCCUCCCCUUCCCCAAUCAGCAGGUCAGACCCCUUCUUGCUGGCAGGUCGCCCCGCUACACAUCACUGCAGAGCUAGGUCCCCGAUUCCUCGGUGCGCUACGGCGUCAGUCACCGCAAGCGCCGCUGUGGCUGAGGGGCUCCGUGCCAGGGUGCCGAAGGAGGCAGAGGAGGAGGAGGCUCUGCUGAGCGUGCGCAUCCUCCACUCUCACUUCCCUCGGUGA